AUGAUCCGCUCGCUGCGCACCACAGUCCUCCGGAGCAACUCGGACCGCGCCGCCAAGUGGCUGCGACGACAGGCGGACCCCAGUGCGGCGUUCCUGCGCGCAGCCCGAGCUGGUCAACUCGAACGAGUACUCGAACACCUCGACAACGGGGUCGACAUCAACACGUCCAACGCGAAUGGACUAAAUGCUCUCCACUUAGCAGCAAAAGAUGGCCAUUUGGAAAUUGUAUCAGAGCUACUCAAACGAGGAGCAACUGUUGAUGCAGCCACGAAGAAAGGCAACACAGCUCUUCAUAUCGCAUCACUUGCUGGGCAGGAAGAGGUAGUGAAACUGCUGGUUAAGAGUGGAGCUGCAGUCAAUGCACAGUCACAGAAUGGCUUCACUCCAUUGUACAUGGCUGCUCAAGAAAAUCAUGAUGGUGUUGUAAAAUUCCUUCUAAGCAAAGGAGCCAACCAGAGUCUUGCCACAGAGGAUGGUUUCACUCCAUUGGCUGUUGCAAUGCAGCAGGGCCAUGAUAAAGUUGUUGCUGUACUUCUUGAGAAUGAUACAAGGGGUAAAGUGCGCCUCCCUGCCCUUCACAUAGCUGCGAAGAAGGAUGACUGCAAAGCAGCAGCCCUUCUGUUACAGAACGAUCAUAAUCCUGAUGUUACAUCCAAAAGUGGAUUCACACCACUGCACAUUGCAGCUCAUUAUGGAAAUGAAAAUAUUGCCAACUUGCUGUAUGAAAAGGGGGCUGAUGUGAACUACUCUGCAAAGCAUAACAUCACUCCACUUCAUGUAGCCUGUAAGUGGGGGAAGAUUAAUAUGGUGUCGCUAUUGAUCGACAAGGGAGCCAAUAUUGAAGCAAAAACUAGAGAUGGGCUGACACCACUACAUUGUGCAGCUAGGUCUGGACAUGAUCAGGUCGUGGAUCUGUUGUUGGAGAACAAAGCUCCUAUACGUUCGAAGACUAAGAACGGUCUUGCACCACUUCAUAUGGCAGCACAAGGAGAUCAUGUAGAUGCGGCUCGAAUCCUCCUAUAUCAUCGGGCUCCUGUGGAUGAUGUGACUGUGGACUACCUGACAGCAUUACAUGUUGCUGCGCACUGUGGUCAUGUUCGUGUUGCCAAAUUGCUUCUAGACCGGAAGGCUGAUCCAAAUGCCCGUGCCCUUAAUGGCUUCACACCACUGCAUAUUGCAUGCAAGAAAAACAGGAUAAAACUUGUUGAACUGCUUUUGAAGUACAAUGCCUCAAUUGAAGCUACAACAGAGUCUGGUUUGACACCUCUUCAUGUGGCAAGUUUCAUGGGCUGUAUGAAUAUAGUCAUUUAUCUUCUACAACAUAAUGCAAACCCCGAUAUCCCAACAGUUCGAGGAGAAACUCCUUUGCAUCUAGCAGCCAGAGCAAAUCAGACUGACAUAAUCAGGAUAUUGUUACGGAAUGGAGCUCAAGUAGAUGCCAAGGCUAGGGAAGAGCAAACUCCACUCCAUGUGGCAUCACGUCUAGGAAAUACUGAUAUUGUUAUGUUGUUACUACAACAUGGUGCAGCAGUUGAUGCCACUACCAAGGAUCUUUACACACCAUUACACAUCGCAGCAAAAGAGGGUCAGGAUGAGGUUGCUUCAGUCUUGCUGGAAAAUGGUGCUUCCUUGACAGCAACAACCAAGAAAGGAUUUACACCACUGCAUCUUGCAGCUAAAUAUGGAAACCUUAAAGUUGCAAAACUGCUAUUACAGAAGGACGCUCCUGUUGAUGCUCAGGGGAAGAAUGGUGUUACUCCUCUACAUGUCGCAAGCCACUAUGAUCAUCAGAAUGUGGCACUACUACUUUUAGACAAGGGUGCUUCUCCUCAUGCAACUGCCAAAAAUGGACAUACUCCACUUCACAUAGCUGCGAGAAAAAACCAGAUGGAUAUUGCGACCACUCUCUUAGAGUAUGGUGCCAAGGCAAAUGCUGAGUCAAAGGCUGGUUUCACACCCCUUCAUUUGGCAUCACAGGAAGGCCACACUGAUAUGGCAUCACUGUUGAUUGAACAUCAGGCUGAUCCUAACCACAAAGCCAAGAAUGGUCUCACUCCCCUCCAUUUAUGUGCCCAAGAAGAUAAAGUCAAUGUUGCAGCUAUAUUGGUGAAGAAUGGUGCUGAGGUGGAUUCUACAACAAAGGCAGGCUAUACCCCUCUCCAUGUGGCAUCACACUUUGGACAACUCAACAUGGUCCGUUUCCUAUUGCAACAUGGUGCAAAUGUGGACAAGAGCACAGCCGUCGGAUAUACUCCAUUGCACCAGGCUGCUCAGCAGGGUCACAUGCUUGUUAUUACAUUACUUCUGGAAAAUAAAGCCAAGCCAAAUGCUCUCACAAACCAAGGACAAACUGCUUUGUCAAUUGCACAGAAACUGGGCUAUAUCAGUGUUGUUGAGACACUGAAAGUUGUGACUGAAACAACAGUAACCACCACCACCACUACUACAAUCGAAGAAAAGUACAAGGUCGUAGCACCAGAGUCCAUGCAGGAAACAUUCAUGUCUGAUUCUGAGGAUGAAGGUGGUGGUGACGAAGUGUUGGAUAUGGCGAUGAAUGUUUACGGAAAACCUACCCAUGCCCAACAUGUCUACUUGCCUUACUACCAAGGUCAAAUGCAGUAUACACGUGAAGAUCCAGGAAUGAAUGAUCAUCAGCAGUAUCGUUACAUGACAGUCGAUGACAUGAAAUCACUUGGUGAUGAUUCUUUGCAAAUUGAUGUCACUAGGGAUGAGAGGAUUGAUGCCAAUAGGAUGUCAGUUGCUCCUGGUGGUAUAACUGAAGUCAUUUUAGCACCACAACACACAAAGGAGAGUUAUGUUCAGGCCGUCAACCAAUAUAACACUCUGCACGCACCAGACAAUGUCGAUAUUGCACGCCAUCCUGUACACAUGGGCAUCAUUUUAAACAGACUUGAUGAUUCUUUGGCUUCCCUUGGACCAAUUCCAUUAUCAGCAGCGAUGUGGCGUGAAAGUUUUCUCGUGAGCUUCUUGGUGGAUGCUCGUGGGGGUGCAAUGCGUGGAUGCAGACAUUCCGGAGUGCGUGUAAUUGUUCCACCACGUAAAGCGGCAAUGCCAAUGCGCAUCACAUGCCGCUAUCUCCGCAGGGACAGGUUAUCAAAUCCACCUCCCUUAAUGGAAGGUGAGGCACUUGCUAGCAGAAUCCUUGAAUUAGGACCUGUUGGAGCAAAAUUCCUUGGACCUGUGAUUAUAGAAGUUCCUCACUUUGCCUCACUUCGAGGCAAAGAACGUGAGAUUAUAAUUCUGCGUUCUGACAAUGGAGAUACAUGGAGGGAGCACACACUUGAAGCGAGUGAAGAAGCUGUUCAGGAUGUUUUGAAUGAAAGUUUUGAAGGAGAAGAAAUGAGCCAACUUGAAGAUCUCCAUACAAAUCGUAUAACACGUAUUCUUACGGUUGACUUCCCACAUUACUUUGCUGUUGUAUCUCGAGUGAAGCAGGAAGUGCAUGCUAUUGGUCCUGAAGGAGGCAUGGUGUCCUCAAGUGUUGUUCCCCAAGUACAAGCAGUAUUUCCACAAGAUGCCCUUACCAAAAAGAUCAGAGUUGGAAUUCAGGCUCAACCUAUCUCUGCUGAUUUGGCAGCAAAACUCCUUGGGAACAGAGUUGCUGUUUCACCUAUUGUCACUGUUGAGCCAAGAAGACGAAAAUUCCACAAACCAAUCACACUGACAAUACCUGUUCCACAAGCAGCAAAUAAAGGGAUGAUAAAUCAGUAUUCUGGAGAUGCACCAACACUCAGGUUGCUGUGCAGCAUUACAGGUGGAACAACAAGAGCGCAGUGGGAGGAUGUUACUGGUUCUACUCCUCUGACAUUUGUGAAGGACUGUGUUACAUUUACUACAACAGUUUCAGCACGAUUUUGGCUAAUGGACUGCAGGAACAUAGCAGAUGCAACCAAAAUGGCAACUGAGCUAUAUCGUGAAUCUAUACAUCCACCAUUUAUGGCAAAAUUUGUUGUAUUUGCAAAACGAGUUGAUCUGUUAGAAGCAAGACUGCGUGUGUUUUGUAUGACUGAUGACAAAGAAGAUAAGACACUGGAACACCAGGAACAUUUUACAGAAGUGGCUAAAAGCAAAGAUGUUGAGGUGCAAGAAGGGAAGACAGUAUACAUUGAAUUUGCUGGUAAUCUGGUUCCUGUGAUGAAGUCUGGUGACCAACUACAAAUGGGUUUCAGAGCAUUCAAAGAAAAUCGUUUACCUUUCACUGUACGAGUAAAAGAUCCAGAUGAAGAUACUGUUGGUAGAAUACUUUUUAUGAGAGAACCAAAGGUUGCUAAAGGGGAACCAGCUCAAACACCUAUUUGUACUCUCAACAUUGUGCUACCUGAUAAUGUUAUUCCUGAUGCUGGACCAUCAGAACCAGACUUGCUGGAACUAGAAAAAAAUUACAGUUUCCUUAGAGAUGGCAUUAGUCAUCCAGAUGCUAUUCAUCGGGCUGACAUACGCCUCUCAGAUAUAUCAAACCUUCUUGGAUCAGACUGGGUGGCCUUAGCUGGUGAGCUAGGAGUCUCAACUUCAGAUGUAAAUCUAAUAAAGACUGAAUAUCCAGACAAUGUGAAUCAACAAGCCAUGGUGAUGCUGCGAUUGUGGCUUCAGACAUCGGGUAAUAAAGCAAAUGGAAAUGUGUUGGAAAAAGCACUUCGAAAAAUAAAUAGGGAUGAUAUUGUAAACCAGUGUGUCUUUAAUGUGGAGCUUGUGACAGAUGACAUGGAACGUGCUGUAGCUAAAGUUCAUCUUGACCAAUCUGGUUUUGACAACCUCCGAGAGGAGCUUGGACCAUCUCGAGAUGCAACCCUUCGACGAAAUACAAGUCUUGAUCCAUCUUACACAGAGCAAGAUUUAAUGAAGGAGUCUGAAUCUGUUGAAGAACUGGUAAACUCCGAGAAACAGGCCAAAGAUAAAGGUGAUGAAAAAAUGGCAGGACUUGAGCGGAAGGAUUAUGUAGAAGGUGAGGAAAAGUAUGCAGCUGAAGAAAAGGAUGUUAAAGGAAUUAUGGAAGAUUUUCUGUCUCAUGAGAAAGGACAGACAUAUAGAAAUGAGAUACAGAAAGUUUCAGAUCAGUUAGAGAAGCUAGAUGUUUCAUCACCCAACAUUGUUGAGACAACUGUAAUAACAAAGAAGGAGAUUCACUCACCAAAAUCAUCCAAGACACCACCUCCAAGUCCAGCAGAAUUCCAAGAUAAUUUAGGUUUCUCGGACGGCAAACCACAGCUAUUUGGGUCGCAUGCUGAAAGUCGCACUGCACUUGACACUAGCAUAGAUCUUAGUUCGCAUGAUGGCCACAUUCCCACUGUCAGGCUGCAUGAGGAAGGUCCAAUUGUCACCUCCACGCCACAGCAACGCUUGAAACCUGUGCGCAAAGCAUCCAGAUCUUCCCAUGAUGACCCUUCUACAGCUGUAAUGGAUGAUGUUCAAUGGGACUUUGGUUCUGACAAUGAGACACAAGGAAAUGUUAUUGUGAAAACCAUCAGAACUAUAUAUGGGGAUCCAAAUGCCAUUGAAAAUGAGAAAUUCAUCCAAAAUGAGGCUACAGUGAGUGGUAAAGUUGCUUUGAGUCCAUGUGACAAGCUUGAAGAUAAAGAAUGUUUUAGCCCCACUAAACAAAAUUCAGAAAGUAAAGAAGAUGUGGAAGAGCCACAAUUUAGUGCUGUGUACACACCAAAACCAGCACUUCGCUUAAGCAAGGUGUCUGGAAGUGUUACAGACAAUGUACUUGUAAAUGUUGGCAGCAGUGUUCCAAGUAAAAAUGCCAUCUAUGAAGAAACAAAGUCUGUAACACAUUCGCUGCAGUCUUCUCCUGGUGACAAAAGUGCUGAUGGUGAUGCAGUUAAUAGCCUUGCUGUGAACAUGAACGAUGAGAGGUGCAGCACCAAUUCUGUGACUGUGAACAGUGAUUCGGAUGUGGAAACUGACAGUAUGGCAUCUCCACUGUCAGGGAUGAGGGUAUCCAUCAGGAGAAGGACCAUUGGCAGCUCCAGUGGCUCCGAUGUCGCACUGCAUGAAGGCAACGACCUCUCAGAUGAUGACCAUCCAGUGUUUGCCAGUAGAUGGUAUGGCUUGAGUCGACGCUGGCUCAUCCCAGCUUGCUUCCUGUUGGCUCUGUUAGCCUGUGUCGCGCUGCAUGGCUGUGCCUCCCCAUACACUCUAGUGAUGCACCGCUUCUUAUCCCAUGUCGUUGCUGCUCAUGGGUCUGAUUACUUUCAAGGAACAGAUCAACAGAUCUUCUCUGAGACAGUCACCACUGAUUUUGAUCCAGCAACACAAAGAAAGACAGUGACCACCCGUACAGUAACUACGUCAUCCACAGGGGAACCAAGUGAUGGCCUAAGACAGUCAAUGCAAGAAAUAGUUGAUAAAUUCAUGCAAGAUGAACGUAAACAGCCAUAAAUUUUAAAUGUUAAAAAAAACUGGUAUUUUCUUCUACAGAAGAUAUACUGUAGAAGACAAUUUACGUUUGAUUUGGACUGUAAUUAUUUAUUGUGAAGUAAAGCAUAUUGCUUGAGGAUGGUGCUGCUUAAAAUUUUUCUUAAAUAUUUCAUUGCUCUAUUUCACUGUGGGAUUUAUAAAACUUAUAAACAGAACAUUCAGAGAAAUCUUUCAUGUUAGACUUUGAGGAAAAUAAAUACAGCAAAUUAUUUUCAGAUAUUUUGAGCUUUGAAGUCUUUUGUAUGAGUUGUGUUCAUCAAACUGGACUGUAAUAUAUAUUUGUGAAAUAACAUGUUAUUUGUGACUUAAAAUAAGUUCAUUGAUGUGCAAAGAUAUAGAAAGAGAAGAGUGUCAAAAUCUCAAAAAUUAAUUUUGUUUUCUUCUGUUUCCUUUUUAAAAUAUUACUUUGGAUCUGUAGUUGCAAAUGUAGAGUCUACAUUGUUUUGUCUGACACACUUAAACUGGAAAAGUAAAUUCUAUCAGAUUAGAAACUGAAGGUAAUAUUGGUUCAAUGAUUUUCUUGUUGCUGAACAUGUCUAGCCCCAAAGAGCAAGCUAACAGAAAAGCAUUGUUGACAAGUGAACAGCUGAUAUUAAAAUUGUGAUAAUUUGUGCUUCUGAUUGCAAACAAAAUUGAAAGGUAUUAAUUUUUGAUGUAAUUUGUAAAUAUUUUGAAUAAUGGAAGUGGCUGUUACAGAAUUUUGACCUGCCCUUUUUUUCUAUUGUACUUAUUGGAAUAAAUAUUUUGAGAAAUAUG